UCUCCCUAAAAUGUAUAAAACCAAGAGUGGAAGGCAGAUCAGAGCAGGGACCAUGGCUGUCAUUUUCCUACUCCUGCUUUUCUUUGUCCUAAAUGGAGCUGAUGGUUCUCAUAUUGUUGGCGGUCGAGAUUCCGCCCCCCACUCUCGGCCCUAUAUGGCUUCGCUGCAAGUCGGCGGUCGCCAUAACUGUGGAGGAGCGCUGGUGAAAGAAAACUUUGUGCUCACGGCAGCUCAUUGUCAGAUUCAUGGACCUUACACAGUCGUGCUUGGCGUGAAUUCCCUGUCAGCUAACGAGAGUACAAUGCAGGAAUUCAGGACUGUCAGAUCCGUUCCCCAUCCUGGGUAUGAUGGGCAUGCAAAUGACAUCAUGCUCCUGAAGCUCAACGGCAGGGCACAACUGACUGCAGCAGUGCAGUUGAUCUCUCUGAAAACGAGCAGGGCGGAGACAGGAAGUCGCUGUCUCGCAACCGGCUGGGGGGACAUAGCCGAUGACGGAAGCAAACCCAUCAGGCUUCAGGAAGUCAACGUAACCACGCUGUCACUGCAGACAUGUCGUAGGAGAUGGGGAGCGGUUCCCAUCACUACAUCAAUGGUUUGCAGUGUAGGAGUGAGAGGUUUUCAAGGCCCCUGCAGGGGGGAUUCAGGUGGCCCUCUGGUGUGUGAUGGAGCUGCAGCAGGCAUGGUGUCCUUCGGUGGGCGGCAAUGCGGAAACCCCGCCAACCCUGUUGUCUACUCAAGUGUACCCUUCUUCGGGGACUGGAUUAGGGAAGUGUUAAGAAGCAAUUAAGCAAAUCAGAUUUACUGAUAAUUUGCCGCUGUGGAUGAUGGGGUUGAUUUCUUCAAGACAAAGCAAACGUGUUGUGCUACGUUGUUUAAUAUCUGUGCAGUGCUGUGGUUUUGUUUUUGAGUGGCCACUUUUUUUUUUAAAUGGGUCAGGUAAAAUUCUUUACAUCAUACAUUUUCAAAGUAUACCAAGCUGAAUACGGAAAUAAAGUUAGCAUGAAAUUGUUGUGUAAAUAACUUUGCACACAUUUCUGUAUUGUUUUGAAAAUGUGAAAUAUGUAUUAACAUGAUGAAUAAAACCAUGAAAUCUG